AUGCGCACCUCUUUUUUCCUCGCUGCAACCAUCGCUGCACUCGGUGCCCAAGCUGACGACACCAGCAGCGUCGUCGUGGGACGUUACGUCCCUUCUUGGGAUGUCACCAUGCUCGAGUACGGUGGUUGGAAAAGCACUGCCGCCAGUCUCGUUGACAUGAAUAAGGAUGUCGCCACAUACCAUGUCGGCUGUGAAAAGGACGCUCCCAAGACAGACUGCAACUAUCCCGCUUCAUGGACGCUCAUCCAGGGCCCGGAGACAAUGAGCUUGACCGGGAAAUAUAUCGCAUCCACCUCGGGCGACGUGACCAGCUACGAUAUCACUGUUACCCAAUCCUACCAGUGUUCUCUGAAAGCUUCAACUGAGUCGGCUAGCUGCACUAUGAGCGUGGGUAUGGGUGGAUCCUUGGACGGAGCAAAAUACGAGUCUUCUACCUCCACCAAGGCGACCUACACCACAGCACCAAUGUCUGAUUAUUACCAGUUGACAGUAACCGGGGGACUGGAUUCGCUUACGUUUUCGCCUCGCUCGACAACCUCUGGGUCAACUGCUUCUACCACUGCCCAAACAACCCAGUCGACCGGCGGUGCCGCUGGACACGCGGGUGCUCUUAUUACAGCUGCUCCUAUGGUCGCUGCUGCAGUUGCUGCCCUCUUGUAA